GUUGGAGUUGUCUGGUGAUGCUCUUGUCAUUGCGGUUGGCGCUGAAUCAAUGUCGUCAACUCGGCAACCCUUGAGCCCGCAAAUUAUUUUCGGGUUGUUGUUCGGCACUUGUCGCAUAGCCAAUGUGGGGUGCACGCUAGGAAAGAAGACGGACCACUGCGUACGCUACCCACAGAAAAUGCUUCCACCGAGUGCGCUUUGAUGCAGAUACAAGCUCUAUUUCUUGUAAGCACUAACAGCAGCAUGCAUUCACCAACAACGCCACUGCCUGUGCCUCUGCAAAAUCCCAGGCAGCCCAGCUGACGCACUUCUUCUCUGCGGUCAUGAUACUAGUAUCCGGCCCUUCUGCAUGUUUCCUCCGGGCACUUGACUGCUUCUAAUCGCAAACUCGGAAUAGCACUUGGCAAUCACCCAACCCACCCCGCCAUUCCACCCCUCCAGCGCACAAGCUGAGACAAGAACUCAACAACGUGAGAGCAAGGCUCACACAACAUUUCCUCCUUCACAGUCCCUCAAAAUGUUCGAAAUAGACCCCUUAGUCCUCGCCUACUCCCACCUCCACCACCUUCCCCAGCCUUCCUCCGCCCUCCACCUCCUCAAAAAGAUCGCUUCCCUCGUGAAACCGCUUAUGCGCGCCCGCGGCUGGCGCGUCCGCGAGCUGGGCGAGUUCUACCCGGAGCAAGACAACCUCCUGGGACUGAACAUCAACCGCGGCGCCAAGAUCCUUCUCCGUCUUCGCUACCCCUCCGACAAGUCCCUAUUCCUGCCCAUCGAGCAGGUCGCAGACACGAUGCUGCACGAGCUAGCACAUAUCGUUCACGGCCCGCACGACGCCAAGUUUCAUGCGCUGUGGAAUCAGCUGAGGGAUGAACAUGAGGGGUUGGCGAUGAAGGGCUAUACAGGGGAGGGGUUCUUAUCAGAGGGACGGCGGCUGGGUGGUGGUUCUUCUAACAGAGGACAGAUUCCGAUGCAUGAAGCGAGACGGUUGGCGAGGGAGCAGGCCGAGAAGAGAAAGGUGCAAACAACACUAAGUGCCGGGUCGGGACAGAGGCUGGGAGGUGCAAGGCCGAGGCCGGGUGAGGAUAUAAGGAGGGUGAUUGUUGAUGCGGUGCAGAGGAGGAACAAGACUUUAAAGGGCUGUGGAGUGAAGGAUACGGGCGACGAAGGGCUGGCUGAGCAGGAAAUUCGCACGAUUGAGGAGCAGGCGACUAGGAAUGGCUUUCGCUCCAAGGCCGAAGAGGAUGAGGCGAACGAGGCGGCGAUUGCGCAGGCGCUGUGGGAACUGGUGCAGGAGGAUGAGAAGAAGAAGUUUGGAAGUGGUUAUGUGGAGCCGAGUAGGGAGUUUCCGGCAGGGAGUCAGGGGGGUUUCUUGCAGAAUGAAGAGAUGGGCGGCGGGGGGUUGGCAACGUCGUCUUCGUCUGCAAAACCACCGCCGAUCCCUUACCAUACUAAACCAACAACUAGGUCUACAGUCUCUUCAUCUUCUUCUCCUCCACCAUCUCUCCCAGCAGAACCAUUCAACGAACCCUCGACAGGCUGGGUCUGCGACAUCUGCACCCUCCACAACCCCGACACAUUCCUCUGUUGUGACGCCUGCGGUACCGAACGCCCACCUCAAGCUUCCACCACCACUGCCUCCGAUCCCAGAAAGAAAACCACAGGCACCAAAUCCAGUUCUAGUUCCAGAUCCGCUGGAAAGCGUCCAAGCAGCUCGGUGGUCGACCUGACCAAAUCCCCGCCCUCCAUUCGUACACGGCCGUCAUCAAGCUCUCAUGGGUCUAGGUCGCAUUCAAACUCCCGAACGGUUUCGGGAUCAGGACCGAGAAGAGACAAAGACAAAGCAAAAUUCAUCCUCCAAGCUCAAGCCGAAGCUGAAGCCGCUCGCCGUAAAUUGCUCCACGAGACGUGGCAGUGCUCGUUUUGCGGACAGAGGAUGGAGAAGCAGUGGUGGACUUGCUCUACGUGCGGGAAGAUGAAGGAUAGUUCCAAAUGACUAAUGACGGGUAGGUAUGGUAUGGUAGGGUUUGUAUGGGUAACGAUGUCAUGAUUGAUUAUGUGUAUUUGACUGCUGAGUAAUGACUCAAGAUAGAAUAGCGCAAGAUAAACUGGGAGGCUUUGUUUUCGGUAAGAUGCCCAGGUUAUUGGACCUUGUUCGAGAUGAUGGAUUUACUGUUUAACAGUACAAGAUAGUUUCACCAGGGCGGCACUUAGCAUGGUAUUCAUAAUCUGAAGCAGUAAGGGAAAAAAAAGUCCGAAUGGCCCGAGAAAGGUCAUGGAAGGAAGCUUAUCAGAUAAUAAUGAAGGCUACGCAGGGAUAGGAGCAGAUUAUGCGUCAGCGUUGCAGUCAGCUUGCACGUUUAAGCAACGCAGGUGGUAUGAAAGCUUGUGAAUGAUGAUUGGACCCCCC